CGCAGUUAACACCAUGGGAGCGCUCUGAGCUGGCACACUGUCCAACACACUCCUGGACGUGCCACACACACAGGAGGAGCAGGGAGAGGACUUUUCGGAACUUAUCUAGAGUGGAUCCUUGGACUAUAGCUGGUCCAGGAUGAACUUUGCCGCCCAGUUCAUCUACGCCAACUACGCCGGUGAUGGAUCGCCCAGGAGAGUGGGAUUCAACGACAGUGAGAAUGACCCCUUCUGGCAGAGCGAGGAGCAGCGUCUUGGGCCAACUAAACAGGGCUGCUCCACCUCCUCCAAGAGUACCUGCAACAAGGACGCCCCCGUCUGUAACGGGGUUGCGGGCUGGCGGCCCACCCUCAUCCACCCAGAGCGCCUGAAGGACUUUGGUAUUGAGGAGGAGGAGUGCCUCAAUGGGGAAGUCAAAACGUUUGAGACCAAGGUGGUAGGCUCCCCUGAGAUCCAGCUAAUGGACCCACCCAAGACUAACAAGAAGAGAGGCAGCGAGCGCAAAGCAGUCCCACCACCCAAGCCUGAGUACCUCCGCUUCGAGGACAUCAGUGCUGCAGCCUUCAAAAUCCAGUCAGCGAUGCAGAAGACCCCUUGUACGUACUCCAGACUGUCCAAACAGUAUGGCAUGGAGAUCUUCCUAAAGAAGGAGCUCCUCCACUACACAGGCUCCGUAAAGGAGAGAGGCGUUUUAUACCUACUCACCUCCCUCAACCAGGAGCAGCAGAAGAAGGGGGUGAUCGUAGCUAAAGACUGUAGCUUCUCCAUGGCCGUGGCUCACCAUGCAGUGGAGUUGAGGAUCCCAGUGUUUGUCAUCAUGCCAGCCAGCUGUGCCCAGCCCCACCUCAGGGUGUACCGAGACUACGGCGCCAUGGUCAUCUCCUAUGGUAGUACCGCCAGGGACUCCCUGAACCACGCCCGCCACCUGGCCAAGGAGAACGGAUACCUCUGCCUGGAAGAGGAUGAUAGUGUUGUGUACUUAGCAGGGCUGGGCACAGUAGGCAUGGAGAUCUAUGAGCAGGUGCCCAAACUAGAUGCAGUCAUUGUGCCCACAGGUGGGCAGUGUAGUCUACUGGUCAGCACAGCAGCAGCCAUCAAACACCUCAACUCACGCAUCACUGUCAUAGGAGUUGAACCAGAAGGAUUCCCGCUGCUACUACAGUCCCUCAAAACAGGCAGCCCAGUGGCUAGUGAACUUUACAACGUCCCCAACAGGAAGCUUUAUGGAGAUCUAUUUGAGCACUCACUGGGGACCCACACCUUCCAGCUGGCUACGAAAUAUGUGGACAAAGUCGUUACUGUCAGAGAAGAGGACUCUCUGGUAGCCAUGCUGAGGUUUCAGGAGUUUGAACGCUCCACAGUGGACACAGAGGGAGCCAUGGGACUAGCGGCCAUCUUGGCUGGGCAACUACCAGAGCUAAAGGGCAAAAGGGUAGCUGUGGUGGUUAGCAGUGCUAACAUGGAGUUGGACCUGAUCAGACAGUGUGUUGACCGCGCCCUGGUUCUGGAUGACCGCGUCAGCAAGUUUACAGUGCAGCUGGGGGACUUUCCGGGGGACAUGGCCAAGCUACUGGACAUGCUGGCAAGAGAGGACAUCAAGCUGUUGGAUAUUUGCCACCGGAGACACAGUGACAAAGGCAAUCUCUUCAAGGCCCAGGUGGAGUGUGUAGUGGAGACAAGGGAUAAGACACAGAGCACUCAGCUCCGCAGGAUACUUUCUGAGCGCUACCCCACACUACACUGGCUGGACCGGUGAUCAACACUUGUCAUGGCUCUCAAUCUGACCAUCCACACACACACACAUGUACAGUACCAGACAAAAGUUUGGACACACCUACUCAUUCAAGGGUUUUUAUU